AUGGUUAUCAACGACUCGAAUGGCUCUGUAGACAAGCACUCCGCUGAAGUCGAAGGAGAGUCGCGCCUUCCUGAUUCAAAGUGCUCCCAGACUUUACUCCCCUUAUUCACGGAUCGCGCCGGGAUCCACGUCUCAACUCCGUAUACGGCGACGAAGCUAGCCGCUGCCCGUUCACCAUACCAUCGGAUACCGAUUUGUUGCAUAUUAUCUAAAGACAUUCGAACAAGCGCUCGCCCAUUUCAGAACUACACCACCAUUGCGUUUAUACCUAUCCCUCAUUCCCCCAAACCAGGUCUUGAUCUAAAAACAAGCAUCUUUUCAGCUUGUCAAUCGUCUUCAUCAUCGCCGGAAUCCAUCCUUUCUGCCAACGAUUCACCGUCGGAAAACAGUCACAAGCGUGAACUCCCAACCAGCCCGGCCUCGCCAGAGCAAAACGAGCGCGACGUGAUGGGUAAGCUACAUAUCACUGAGACGUCAAGCGUAGACGUAAUCCAUUCGAUCAUCAAAGACCCGUCCAUCAAGACAUCAGAUGAAGCAACCAAGGUGCUCUUCAGCAAUAUCUCCUGCUCGAACGGAUCGGUGCGUGCCCAGGCUUUGAAGGCACUAGGUUUAGCCUUAUCUCGCCAAGAAAGCCACGGAACGGCUUGGUUUGAAAGCGCGCUAGAAUCUCUCAUGCAUUCCACCGAAGCUCUCGAGGUUUGCAAUGGCCUCACUGCUCUUGCCGCUAUCUGGUCGAUUUCUCAAGACCAAGCACUCCCCUUCGUUCAAACCGAAGGCUUUUUUUCGCGUCUUGCCAACUCGGUCGUUAAGCUUGCCGCGCUUAAUCAGAGCCGACCAGAAGAGGCCGAUUUGAACAAAUUCUUUUCCGACUUUCUUGCGUGUUGCCUAGACCACAAAUCACUCUGCGCAAAAAUUCAAUCAGAGUGGCCCGAAUGUUUGGAUCGGUUAACUGGGAUCUCUCGAGGCACCAGUCCUACCUCGGUCUCUAUUCCUGCCCGUUGUGGAGCGAUUCUGGCGUUACUGAAAUUGCGAAGAUCAACGGAUCUCCAAUCCGCGGCGCCACCUUCAUCUGAUCAGCUUUUGGACAUUCUGAUGAUAAGCUUCUUGGGGAACAAGAAUCCUCCAGACUCGGCCAUUGAAAGUCUGGCGCUUCUCAGUGAGGAAGAAUCCGUCCGAGCAGCAUUGAGACAGAGGUCCGAAGCUUUCUUCCAAACUGCCAAAUCUCUCACACGAAGUGAUCGGGAUCACGAGGCCGACCAAAUCAAGUAUACGCCCUCUCGAUCUUUAGCCUUUGGACUAGCGACCAUCAUCCUCCAUCUUGUAUCUUUCAAGUUGCUUACAAAAGAAUUUCCAGCUGAUGAUGAAGCUCGAAAGCAGCAGGAACGCAGAAGAAAACGUAUAACAGUAGCGGCGAAAGUUUAUCAUUCCAACCUACCCGAGCAGGAAUAUAGAGCUGAAAAAUAUGACAGGGAGCUGUUGGUUUGGCUCCGGUCUACACUCGAACGUGAUUCCAACUUGAUCCAAACCUUGGCUUGGCUUUCGAAGACUGACGAUGCAAGUCCACAACUCAAAGCCACUAUUGCCAAAGUGUGGCUGAACCUUGUUGAAUAUAACCACUGCGCGACCCUUGUAUCGAACUCUGGGGGCGCAGAAAUUGUGAUGGAUAUCAUCAACACCCCCAAAUUAUCUAGUUAUCUCUCGCAACAGCAGCCAUCUGGCACACCAGCUUCCGUGACGAACGCAAUGUCAACUCUCAGCAGUCUUGUCCUCGAUCCACACGAGCUUGAGAUGAUCCAAGUGUUGGCCAACUUGUGGUGUUCAACCGAGAAUCUUAAGCAAUCAAUGAUCAAGUCACUCAUCAUUCUGUUCCUACAUCCGUCUUCGACCAACCUUCAGAUUUACCUGGCUCUCAUAGCCAUUCCUCGCGUUAUACAAUCUGACAGUGCAAAGGCCGAAGUGCUUGGAUGCUCUCAACUUCUUGAUCGAUUGGACCAACUCACAGUAUCUGAGUUUUCUCAAGAAAUUCUUGAACUCAUGGAUAGCCUCAUUGCCGAACCAGCCUACUUCAAGAGAUUUGCGCCGCCGUCGCCAGCUGACUCAAAUCAAACCGAUAUUGCGUAUAUAACUAGGCUCCAAGAUUUAAUCAGUUUAAUCGAGGAUGAAGAGGUAGAAGUUUCUUCUGUAGCUGCUAGAGUGUUCUGCUGCCUUAUUGAAGCAUCCCCGGAAGUCUGUCAAGCAAUCGUAUCAGAUCACUCAUUAACUAAGAGUUUGUUGGAGACCUUCGAAAUUUCGUCUAACGGCGAGCCUGAUUCGGGCGGCUAUUACUCGUCGAGAAAUGGGGAAAUGUGUGCAGCAUUUCAGGCAAUCUACGAUAAACUCCCCUGCCCCUCAGAGGGCAAUCCUCCUCAACUCCUUGUCGACGACCGUUUGCAUUAUGGGCUCUAG